AUGUCAUUUUUUAAUGAUGCGAAGCGUCUAUUUGGUACGACAGAUCUUUAUGAAAUUUUGCACUUGAAAGGAUCAAAAUCAAAACGAAAAGAUUAUAGCCAAGCAGACAUUAAAAAAGCAUUUUUCAAACUCUCGUUGCAAUUCCAUCCUGAUCGUUGCGAUAAUGAGAUAAAAAAGGUGCAAGCAACUGCAAAAUUUCAGAUUUUGAAUCGUGCAUAUGCUGUCCUUAGUGAUAAACAAAAGAGAGCUGUUUAUGAUGAAACAGGAAUUGUGGAUGAUGAUGAAAUUUGCUCUGAUGAUGUGGACUGGCUUGCUAGAUGGAGACUGAUAUUUAAGAAGAUAACAAAGGAGGAUAUCGACAACUUCAUACAAAAAUUCAGAGAUUCUGGCGAAGAACGUGAUGCAGUUAAAGAAGCUUACAUGAAACACAAAGGAGACAUGGGAAAAAUUUUGAAUGAUAUUAUUGGUGUUACAUACGAAGAUGAAGAUCGUUUGCACAAGAUGAUAAGUGAUAUGAUUGAAUCCGGAGAAUUGAAGGCAACUCGGUAUUUUGUUUCUGAACCGGAAAAAAAGAAAGCCAAACGUCGUAAAGCGGCAGAACGUGAAGAAGAGGUGCAUUUUCCGCUAAUAUUUUACAUCUUUAGCAUGAAAUGGAAUAAAAAAAUGUCUUAA